UCAUUUAAUUAUUAAUGUUCGCUUGAGGUAAUCGGUAGUAACUCUAAAACCUUUCAACGACUCGCAUCGCAUCGUAGCGUUUGAACGGAACGGGCCCUUGAGUCGGUGUUUUGCCAGUGGCACUUGUUGUUUUUACCCACUGUUAACAUUAGUUGGCGUGCCAUCCCAUCCAUCGUAGCGUGUUGUAGAACUUAAGUGUUAUAAUUUACCUGGGAAUAUUUCAAUCCAAUUGAAAUUUGUGUUAAAAACAACGUUGUUAUUGAAAUUAGCGGCAAAAAAUGCGAAAUACAAUGGCAAAAACAACAACCACAACAAAUUUAUUUUAAUAUUAAUAAUAAAUAAACGCGAACGGUGAAUGAAUCGAAACGACAUUGCAACAUUAAUUGUGUCCAGUAAUUAGAGUUUUGAAAAAAAAAAAAAAAAAACAAAAACAAACGGCAACAAAAGAGUUUAAAAUUAAUACAAAAACUAAAGUUUUUUUUUUCAAAUACCCAACAUGGAGGUCAACACUAAUGAAAACAAUGGCCGUGUUACAACAACUGUGUCCAUCGAACUCUCGGACAACAACAACAAAACUACUAAAAAUGAUAAGACUGAAGACGCAGCUAGCGGCGACGACAACAGACCGAAUUGGUCAAAUGGUGUUGAAUUCCUAAUGUCCUGCAUAUCCAUGUCGGUCGGAUUGGGUAAUAUCUGGCGAUUUCCCUUCACAGCCUAUGAAAAUGGAGGUGGAGCAUUUCUAAUUCCAUAUUUGGUGGUGUUAUUUUUGAUUGGUAAACCGAUGUACUAUUUGGAAAUGAUAAUGGGACAGUUUACAAGUAAAGGAUCGGUGAAAAUUUGGUCUAUAUGUCCAUCAUUUUUGGGUGUCGGUUAUGGUCAAGCCUUCGGUACAAUUUGUAUUAUAACCUACUAUUCAUCGCUGAUAGCUCUGACAUUAUACUACAUGGUAGUGUCGUGCCAAGCCGUGCUACCAUGGACAUAUUGCCGCGAGGGAUGGCAAGAUUGUGUGGAUUCUAUGCCGAAAGAGGAUAGCUUAGUGGCCAGUAAUGCGUCUCACAAAUUAACCAGCAGUUCUGAAUUAUAUUUUACAGAAAUAGUUUCGAAAGAAAAAACCCAAAUAAUCGACGGUUUGGGUUGGCCAGAUUUAUAUUUGACGGCAUCAUUGUUUGUCUCAUGGAUUGUGAUAUUUUUUGUGAUACGUCAAGGUGUUAAGAGUUCCGGAAAAGCAGCCUACUUUUUGGCCCUGUUUCCAUAUGUGGUGCUGGUGGCAUUGCUGGCACGCGCCGUUACUUUGGAAGGUGCUGUGGAUGGUAUUUUGUUUUUCUUGAAACCUGAUUGGGGUCAGUUGGUGGAUUUAAAGGUUUGGAAGGAGGCCGUUGUUCAAUGUUUCUUUUCGUUGGCAGUUGGCGUAGGCCCCAUUAUAAUGUUUUCUUCAUAUAAUCGCUUCGAUCAUCCAAUUUAUAGAGAUGCCAUGAUUGUGACCAGUUUGGAUACCGUGACUAGCUUAUUGGCCGGUGUCACGAUAUUUGGAAUCCUAGGAAACUUGGCACACAAUCUAAAUAUUUCAGACAUCAAAGAGGUUGUGCAAAGUGGUACUGCUUUGGCUUUUAUAUCGUAUCCCGAUGCUAUUGCAAAAUUUCAGGCCGUACCACAGUUAUUUGCCGUUUUAUUCUUUUUCAUGCUGUUCGUCUUGGGUGUGGGCUCAAUUGUGGCACUGCAAAGUACAAUUGUGACCAUUGUAUGCGAUCAAUUUAAAUCCUUUAAAUAUUGGGCGGUGGCCUUGGUCACAUCGAUAUGUGGAUUUCUGUUGGGCUUGGUCUAUGUAACACCUGGAGGACAAUGGAUUUUGAAUUUAGUUGAUUUUUAUGGCGGAACUUAUGUGAUAUUUGCCUUGGCAAUUUUGGAAAUUGUUGGCAUUGUUUGGAUUUAUGGCUUACAAAACUUCUGUGACGAUGUGGAAUUUAUGACGCACCGAAAAGUCUCCCUAUAUUGGCGUUUAUGUUGGUCAUUCCUGACACCCGUUAUGAUGUUGGUAAUCUUCAUUUAUUCUAUGGUAACCACAGAGCCUUUGACUUACAAGAAAAUUGAAUAUCCCGAGGCAGCCAAUGCUGCUGGUUGGAUUAUAUUUGCCAUUGGCGUUUUGCAAUUUCCCCUGUGGGGUUUCUGGUAUAUCAAAACUAAUUACAAGGAUACCUUUUGUAAUACUUUCAAGACAUCUUUAAGAUUCUCCGAAGCUUGGGGACCCAAAAAUCCCGAGAUUCGCGCCAAAUGGUUUGCCUAUAAAGAAGCUCUUGCUGAGGAACGACAAAAGAAGCAAUCCAGCAGUAAAUUGGGAUUCUUUAAACAAAAAGUAUAUAACCUAUCUAAUUCGUCCAAUUAAUUGGAAGCAGAUUUGUGUGUUGAGUAUUAUUAACUUAGUAUUAACGUGUAUGUGUACAUAUGUAAAGUAGUUGUAAGGAAAAGAUGUAAAAGUAAAAAAAAAAUAAUAAAUUUGUAAAAGAUUUUAAAAUAAAACCGUCCGACUAUAUGA